CAGGCAGCGGGAGAAGAAGGGAGCAGCAGCAGAUGUAUCCAGGGGGAAGGAUGCCCAGGAUAAUGUCACCGCUGUAUCCACUCUCUCACCUAUCCGUAUCAUGAUAAACGCUGCUGGGGCGGUCGCACGCAGGAUGCCGUCGGCGGUCCGGCGGAGCGGAUGCUGGAUAGCAUGGUGCCAGGCGGUCCUGCUCGGCGUGUCGGCGCUGGUUAUCGUGGCCGAACGGACCGCUCUGAUCUACUGUAUAGGGUUUUACCUUUGGAAUGAGGAGACGCAGUGGGCGGGCCUCACUCUUGGACUCUUUCUACCGGGGACGGCAGUUCAACUGCUAAGUAUGAAAUGGUACUAUGAUGACGGUGAUGACAGGCGAUGCUACCUCUCUUUCAUACACAUACUGCACUUGGGCAUCUUCAAAAGGUUCUGGGACUGCAUGAGGUCUGUGUUGCACAUGCAGGGCUCAGUGGCUGAGCUUGGAGCGGCUGUCAUGCAGCAGGCAGAUGUUGCUGCUCUUUGGUUGCUGGAGGCCCUCGUCCUCACGCUGCCUCAGAGCCUGCUGCAGGCAUAUGUCGUGGUGUCCACUGAUGUGGGCAUCAUGUCCCCAGUGGCCUAUUGCUGUGGUCUGUGUGUGCUGUCUAUUUCCUGGGCCCUGGUGCUGUACAGCAGAGCCUGCUGUCUGAUACGACCGGGCCACCUGGCCAUGCCUCCGGCAGCCCUGCUGUGCCAGCUGGUGUGGAGGGCAGGCAUGCUGGGUGCAAGGGUGACUUGCCUCAUGUUCUUUGCCAGGGUCUUUAACUGGUGGGUCUGUGGAGUAGCAGGAUUCCACUGGCUCACGGCCUCCUUCUGGCUGGUAUCACAGCAACCGGACAUCUGCACCGGCCCCUGGUGUUGGCGUGCCUUUAAUGGCAUUAUGGGGCUAGUCCACAUCUUCUUCUUCCUCAACGUCAAAGACGGACCCUCACGCUUCCGCAUGGCCAGUUUUUAUGCAUUCAUGCUCGUAGAAAACGCCACUCUGCUGCUGGCCGCCUCCGACUUCCUUAGCGAGGCAUCAUGGGACAACAUGACCCUUCCCACCACUGUGCUGUGUAGCUUUUUCCUCGGCGCUACCUCUCUUGUCCUAUACUACCGGUUCCUCCAUCCCAAGUCAACAGAGAUCAGCCAGGGUAUGAACAACAACCACAUGGGCAGCACAUGUAUAGAUCGAGGGGAGUCAUCCUACUCUCUCGGGGAUAAAAGCCUUCCAGCUGCCUCCAUUCAAAACCACGGCAGCUUCUCCCUCUCAGGUGUGGCUGGUUCUCUGCUGGAGCACCCAGGAGCCUGUGGGGGCCGGGGUAACAGCUCCUGCCCUUGCUACCACCACCACUGGCUCCUAAUCCGCCUGGCUCUGAAAACAGGAGACCUGGGGAAGAUCAACAGAGCAUAUGGGGCCGACGGAGCAGCAGCCAUACUGGACAUGGAGGAAUAUAACCAAGAGUUUAAGAGUAACGAGGGCAUGACUAUCACAGCAGGAGGCAGCUGUGGGGCAGUUUCCACUUCUGAGUCUCAGGGGAAAGGCCUGGCACCUCUCUCGGACUGCAAAGAUGAGUUUCAGAGUGUGAGCGAGCCCACAUCAACCGGACAACCGGAAGAAGAGGAUGACAGUCUGGAGAUGGAGAGCCCGAUGGAGUCACCCACAUCAGAUUUCAAACGGAGCUCACCAGAGGGCAAGUCUGUGUUUGGAGACAGCCCCGAGCCGUACUUCUGCCCUACAGAGUCAAGUUCAACCUUAUAUUUCAGCGCUGAUCCUCAGUCUCCCAGCAGUGCCAGUAACCCCCGUUUAGACCGGGACAUUGGGGGUCUGGAACAAGGGGUGCGCCUCACCUCAAUCCCCAGCGAUCCAGCCCUUCACAGAGAUAUUCGUGGGCUAAUGGGCCGAGUUGGGCCACGCUGCACUUCCACUCCUAAAUUGGACACUGGAGCGCUGGACUCCCCAUCUAGUGUCCCUCAUUUCACAGGUCCCAGGAGGCAGCUUAUAAUGUCCCGAAGAGAUGAAGACGAUAACUUCUAAGUUUCUCAAGACAGAAUCAGGGAAAAAGUAACAGCAACUUAUCCAACAUUAAAGGAAAAUACCAGCUUUUUGGAAGGCUGCUUUUCCAUCUGCUCAGUGCUGUAGGAUGAGAAGGCUGCCAGAGAUUUCACCUCUGUAUGUCUACAUACAGUAUUUAGUACACUGUGGGGCGUAGUAUACACAACAUUUUGGGGAUAAUGCUAAGUGAACCUGUAUUCUUCUCACAUCAUAACUAUUUUCUAAAAGCAAUGCUUUGCCCAAGUGCUGGACACACAGAGGUGAAACAUUUAGCAGUGUUUUCAUCAGACAUGAAGAUAAUUAAAGAGCUAAUUGGCCACAAGGGUGGUAUAUGGAGCUCAGACACACCUAUCUGACUAAACUUUUUUUUCUAUUGGUUUGGUAGCAAUUAACUUAAAGGAACACGCCGACUUAUUGGGAAUUUAGCUU